AUGACAGUUGAAGAAUUAACUGAUGAGAUAAGUGCUAUUGAAGCAAUUUAUCCCGAAUCUGUAACCAAUUUAGGUCCUCAAUUAUAUACUUUUAAAAUACCAAAUCAUGAAUCAGUUAGUAUCCAAUUAAAUUUCCCAUUGACAUAUCCUGAAGAAAUCCCUCAAUUGUUACAAAUUAUAGUAGAGAAAACUACUCAAUCGUCAUCAUUUACUGAUAUUGCAUAUUUGGAAAAACACGUUGAUGAAAUAUUGCAAAAAGUGUUUGUGCCGGAACAAGUUGUAUUGUUUGAAUUAUUGACUGAAUUACAGGAGUUUUUUGAUCAAUACGUUGAAGAGCACCCUGAACCAGUGAUUGAAAAGAUAGAGGUAACGCCAACUAAUGAGAAACAAUCCAAACAAGCUACACCAAUUGAGCAGCAUGAUGAUGUGCAUCAAGAAUUGAAAGAUCCAACAAUUGAUUGGAUUCAGUCUGAUCCAAUAGUUGAUAGGGGUUCUACAUUCAUUGCAUAUGUUAGACAAGUGAAUACUCUACAAGAUGCUCAAGAGUAUUUAGAUGAUUUAUUAACAGAUAAGAAAAUAGCCAAGGCGACUCAUAAUAUAUCUAGUUGGAGAAUAAAAAUGGAGAAUGGAGUUACAUUCCAAGAUUGUGAUGAUGAUGGAGAAACUGCCGCUGGAGGUAGAUUACUACAUUUGCUACAAAUGAUGGAUGUAUGGAAUGUUAUAGUUGUGGUUAGUCGGUGGUUUGGGGGAACUCAUCUUGGACCAGACAGAUUCAAACAUAUAAAUUCUGCUGCAAGGGAAGCAAUUAUUAAAGGGAACUUUAUUGUUGAUGCAAAUGAUAAUACGAAUGGUAGUACCAAGACUACUAAUGCAAAGAAAAAGAAAAAAUGA